GCAUAGUCUGUGCCUAAAGUGGUUUUCUUCUUGUGGCUGCUGAUUUUUCAAUUGGUGGAAUGCUGUGGAUACUUAUUUUGAAAGAGAGUUAAAUAUAUUAAUUAAUAAUGUCCGCUGAAGAACCAGAAAUCUAUAGUCAGCAGAGUGCCAGCGCUCCGCCGCCCCCGUCCUACCACCAGGAGCGGGGCCCCCCGCCCUCGUACGAGGAGGCCAUCGACCCCAACGCUCCUCCCCCUUCCUACGACUCGCUGUUCGGCCGCAUGAGAGAAGCGCACAAGUCUUCGAAAGGAAUGCUCGAUUUUUUGAAGAAUGUAGUCAUUCUUCUUCUUGGAACCAUUGGCUGUACGGUUAUUCUCGGAGUAACCAUAGUUGUUCCAAUUUGUAUGGUAGUGAUUGGUUCUAUUUACCUCAACGAAUGUACUCAAGGUGAAUACAUUCCUAUAUAUCUUCUAGUUGGAGGGGGGUUCGGCAUCCUGAAGCAGCUGCUGCACCUGUCGACCCGCGUGAGGCAGCACCAGGAGGAGCAGGAGGAGGAGCGGCUGCGGCAGUCGCCCACCCAGACGCUGCUCAACUGCUUCAUGCUGGGCUGGUUCAUCAUCGGCUCGGUGUGGGUGUACAAAGAGUACGAGCCCAACUACGAUCCAUCGCAGGGGAAGUACUGCAAUCGCACGUUGUACCAGUUUGCAUUUUGGCUGAUCACGUCCGUCUACAUCGCACUGGGCAUCAUCACCUUGUGUCUGUGCAGCAUCAGCGUGGCAUCCAUCGCAUUCCAGCGAGACGUAUGAGCCCUACCGGAGCAGCUGGCGAUGUGGCGAGCCUUCGUCGGCGAGAUGUUUGCCUGGCACGGCUUCUACCACUGCGUGGUGACCUCGUGUGCGCCGUGCGGCCGGCGCCGGGCAGAGUCGCGGGAACCUGCCUAGCGACGCCAGCGCUCCGUGGCUGAGAGCCCGCCGUCUUGCUGCUUGCGAGUACCGCGUGCUGCUUGUCUUUGCUGUCUCGUGGAGUGUCCUCGCGAAGUCAUUGUCAAAGUCUUUCUACUACAUACAUACAAAUAUAUAUAUACAUAUAUUUUUUUACAAAGCUGUGCAUUUUAGUUUCCUUGUGGGAAAAAUCUCAGUGUUAGUUGUUUGUAUGGCUACAAAAAACUGAUUUUUCGUGAAGUUGGGUGAAUUAAUUUUUUCCUCUUGAAUAUUGCCAUUUUUUAUUUGCGUUUCUUGUUGGCGUUUGUCGCGUGUCCGUGGCUACUUGCUUUCGGUGUGAUGUGCAGUCCAGUCUGAUUUGCUAAGAUGUUGUCUGUUAACCUGCCAGAAAUUUGUAUACACUUUAAAUGUAAAUAAUAUACUUAGUGUUAAAGGUAAGCUAAAUUAUUUUUGUUUAGGGUUUGAAGACUGUUUGAAUUGUUGUGUGCUUCCUUUAAGGUGGAACGCAAAAAGGUAAGAAUAAAAAUUCUAAGUUUUGAAAAGAUGUCAAAUUGAUUCAAAACAGGUAAUGAGUGGCAGAAUGGGUUAUAUUAAUCAAUUGAAGUUUGGACAAAUAAACACAGCCUUAAGGUUUGCAUAUGGUAAAAAAUUAUAAAUGAAUACAUGUAAAUUAGGUAAGUACUGAAAUUUAAAUUUAUAUAAAAACCAUCAUGUAAUAGUACCAUCAGUUUAAAAAUUAUUGCAAACCUACCUCAUGAUCAUUUCAAAAUGUUUAAGGUUUUAUGGAUCAACUUUACAAAAUUCUUGUUUCACUUGAAUAAGUACACUGCUAAGUUGUUUAAUGGCCCCAAUUAAAGGCAUGCAGAUUACAUAAAAUAGGUUUGGAUCUUAACCACCAUAAUACUGACCAAAUUUACAAUUUUUCUGAAAAAUUAUAGAUGCUAUUGUUAGUGUUAAGUUCAGCAAUAUUUUGAUAUGGCCUAUAAUACAUUUUUCCUAUUUGAGUAAACAUUUUUUUUCCAUCUCUUUCCAUGGUAUAUAAUAAUUAGUUUAAAGAUGUCAGAAUAGGAUACCUUUUCAUAUUCAUUACAUUUUUUUCUACAGUGCCGAAAACUGAAGUUCAAGCAUGAACUUAAUGUGUUGAUGUUGACAGUUUAACCCAUGUAAUGUCACUUAUGCUAGUUUUUAGUUUUAACUGAAUUCCCAUCUUUUUCCCGUAAAGGUGCUUGCUGUCAAAUGCUAGAUUCGCGUCUUAAUAGUUAGCUGAAUUAAAGCAAUUUUCAUAGCCUCUCUACAGUCGCAUGAUUUCCUUGUCAAAUGUAACCCAACAAUUAUUUUCUAGUUUCCAUUACUUAGUUUUAUAUGCUGGAAAAUACAAUAGAUAUUUUCAAACUUGAUUUAUUGUUUACAUCAAUACUUAUGUCAACCAGUUGCGAUAUUUGUUCCAAAAUAAUUGCAUUUACACUGAUGUUUGUCACCUGUUGUUCUUGCUUACAAUGAGUCAGACUUAAUAGCUUUAUGCUAAUUUUUUUCACAAAAAAAAAAAUUAAAAA